AUGAGUGUCUCUCAGGAGAGAGAGGAGGCUGCAGGUCCCAGUAAAACACCCAGACCAGAGUCUGCAGCACACAGCUGUGUGCAACAAGGCAGCAAAGCAACACACUCUGAUGGAGGACCACAGGCAAAGAGACCUCCAUCUUCAGUGCCCAGCGGUGUGUCCAUGAAGAGUGAUCGGUCCGUGAUGGAGCCUCUGAACUUCAGCAGUGGAGCGCCAAAGUCUAAUGCAGGAAUAAAACCACAGGCAAAGAGACCUCCAUCUCCAGUGCCCAGCGGUGUGUCCAUGAAGAGUGAUCGGUCCUUGAUGGAGCCUCUGAACUUCAGCAGUGGAGCACCAAAGUCUAAUCCAGGAAUAAAACCACAGGCAAAGAGACCUCCAUCUCCAGUGCCCAGCGGUGUGUCCAUGAAGAGUGAUCGGUCCGUGAUGGAGCCUCUGAACUUCAGCAGUGGAGCACCAAAGUCUAAUGCAGGAAUAAAUAAGCUCAGUGCUGAUCUGACCCAGGAUCAGCACAGGUGUGGAGUGUGUGAGCAGGUCCUGAGAGACCCAGUCAUCACCACCUGUGGACACCGUUUCUGCAGGCAGUGCAUCAGCAGCUACUGGGAGCAGCCUGGACUACCAGGAGACCAAGCCUGUCCCCAGUGUGGAAAGACAUGCAGAACCCAACCUCCUCUGGAUGAACACACAGAUAUGAGCACACAGGACCUGAGGAGAGUUAUAAAGAAUCACAAAGCCAGUCUGAAGAGGAGAUUUGAGAACAUCUCUGAAGGCAUCAUCAAACCAGGUGCUGAGAUACUCCUCAAUCAGAUCUACACAGAGCUCUACAUCACAGAGGGAGAGAGUGAAGGGGUGAAUAAGGAACAUGAGGUUUGGCAGGUAGAGUUAGCAUCCAGACCUCAAACCACAGAAGAGACAUCAAUCAACUGCAAUGACAUCUUCAAGCCCUUACCUGGACAGGAGAGGCACAUCAGAACUGUGAUGACCAAGGGUGUUGCUGGAAUUGGAAAAACAGUCUCAGUGCAAAAGUUCAUUCUUGAUUGGACAGAUGGGAUUGCCAAUCAGGAUGUAGAUUUUAUGUUCCCCCUUUCUUUCCGUGAGCUGAAUUUAGUUAGGGAUGAUCAGUACAGUCUUCACAGGCUCCUGCUUGACCUCCACCCUGAGUUGAAGGAGCUGAAUGAUGGUGAAGGAUACAAAGACUGUCGUCUCGUGUUCAUCUUUGAUGGUUUGGAUGAGAGUCGGUUGACACUGGAUCUGAAACGGAACAGUAAGUUGUCUGAUGUGAAACAAACAUCACCAGUGAAUCUCAUAAUGGCUGGCCUAAUUCAAGGCACUCUGCUUCCCUCUGCACUCAUUUGGAUAACCUCACGACCAGCAGCAGCCAGUCAGAUUUCUGCUCAGUUCAUCGACCAGGUAACAGAAGUGAGAGGAUUCAAUGACCCACAAAAGGAACAGUACUUCAGGAAGAGAAUCACUGAUGAGAGUCAGGCCAGCAGAAUCAUCUCACACAUUCAGACAUCCAGGAGUCUCCAUAUUAUGUGCCACAUUCCAGUCUUCUGUUGGAUCACAGCCACUGUGCUUCGUCAGAUCCUGAAACAGGACAACACCCAAGAAAUUCCCUCAACUCUGACUGAGAUGUUCAUACACUUCUUGCUGAUCCAGGCAACUCGAAAGGAUCAGAAAUAUCAAGAAAGACAAGAAAAAGAUAAAAAGAGACUCUUGAGAUCACAGAAAAAAAUACUUCUGAAGCUGGCAGAACUGGCUUUCAAGAAUCUAGAGAACGGCAACCUCAUGUUUUACGAGGAAGACCUGAGAAAGUGUGGCAUUGAUGUCAGUGAGGCCUCAGUGUACUCUGGCAUGUGCACUGAGAUCUUCAAGGAAGAAUCUGUGUUUCACCAGAGGAAGGUCUACUGCUUUGUGCAUCUUAGUGUCCAGGAGUUUCUGGCAGCUCUCUUUGUGUUUCACUCGUAUUUGGCGAAGAACCUUGAGGCUGUAAAAUCCCUCCUCAGUGAUGAGCAAAGAGAUGUACUAAAUCCAUCAUUUGUAUCUUCUUUUCUAUCAGUACUAGGAUUACAAACUCAAGACAACUUGCAUGUUUUACUUAAGAGAGCAGUUGAUAAGGCUUUGGAGAGCCAGAAUGGACACCUGGAUCUCUUCCUUCGCUUCCUCAUGGGCAUUUCUCUGGAGAGAAAUCACGGACUUCUGCGAGGUCUACUGAACCGCACAAACAGCUCAAAUAGCAUCAAGGAAAUAUGUCAGUACAUGAAGAAGCUCAACAGAGAAGGUCUCUCUCCUGAACGAUGCAUCAAUCUUUUCCACUGUUUGUUUGAAAUGAAUGAUGAUUCCAUGCACAAAGAGAUUCAGAAAUACUUGUCAUCACCAAAGAACAUCAAACAUGAGCUGUCUCCUGCCCACUGUUCAGCACUGGCCCACAUGCUUCUGAUGUCUGAGGAUGUGCUGGAUGAGAUUGACCUGAAGAAGUACAACACAUCAGAUGAGGGACGCAGGAGACUGAUCCCAGCUGUGAGGUGCUGCAGAAAGGCACGACUUGCUGAAUGUCAACUCUCAGAGAAGUCCUGUGGAAUUGUGGCUACUGUUCUACAGUCACCAAACUCCCUGAUAGAACUGGACCUGAGUCACAAUGACCUGAGAGAUUGUCGCGUUCAGCUUCUCUCUAAGGGACUGUCUAGUCCCCACUGCAAACUACACACAUUAAGACUUGCUGAAUGUCAACUCUCAGAGAAGUCCUGUGGAUUUGUGGCUUUAGCUCUACAGUCACCAAACUCCCUGAUAGAGCUGAACCUGAGUCACAAUGACCUGGGAGAUUCUGGAGUACAGCUUCUCUCUAAGGGACUGUCUAAUCCCCACUGCAAACUGCAGACAUUAAGACUUCCUGACUGUAAACUCUCAAAGAAGUCCUGUGGAAUUGUGCCUACUGUUCUACAGUCACCAAACUCCCUGAUAGAGCUGGACCUGAGUCACAAUGACCUGAGGAAUUCUGGAGUUCAGCUUCUCUCUAAGGGACUGUCUAGUCCCCACUGCAAACUGCAGACAUUAAGACUUGCUAAAUGCAAACUCUCAGAAACCUCCUGUGAAAUUGUGGCUGCUGUUCUACAGUCACCAAACUCCCUGAUAGAGCUGAACCUGAGUCACAAUGACCUGGGAGAUUCUGGAGUUCAGCUUCUCUCUAAGGGACUGUCUAGUCCCCACUGUAAACUGGAGACAUUAAGACUUGCUGAAUGCAAACUCUCAGAAAAGUCCUGCGGAAUUGUGGCUGCUGUUCUACAGUCACCAAACUCCCUGAUAGAGCUGAACCUGAGUCAAAUUGACCUAAGAGAUUCUGGAGUUCAGCUUCUCUCAAAGGGACUGUCUAGUCCUCACUGUAAACUGCAGACAUUAAGACUAGCUGAAUGCAAACUUUCAGAAAACUCCUGUGGAAUUGUGGCUGCUGUUCUAAAGUCACCAAACUCCCUGAUAGAGCUGGACCUGAGUCGCAAUGACCUGAGGAAUUCUGGAGUUCAGCUUCUCUCUAAGGGACUGUCUAGUCCCCACUGCAAACUGCAGACAUUAAGACUAGCUGAAUGCAAACUUUCAGAAAACUCCUGUGGAAUUGUGGCUGCUGUUCUACAGUCACCAAACUCCCUGAUAGAGCUGAACCUGAGUCACAAUGACCUGAGGAAUUCUGGAGUUCAGCUUCUCUCUAAGGGACUGUCUAGUCCCCACUGCAAACUGCAGACAUUAAGACUUGCUGAAUGCAAACUCUCAGAGAAGUCCUGUGAAAUUGUGGCUGCUGUUCUACAUUCACCAAACUCCCUGAUAGAGCUGGACCUGAGUCACAAUGACCUGGGAGAUUCUGGAGUUCAGCUUCUCUCUAAGGGACUGUCUAGUCCCCACUGCAAACUGCAGACAUUAAGAUUUCUUGGCUGUAAACUCACAGAGAAGUCCUGUGGAAUUUUGGCUGUUGCUCUACAGUUGCCAAACUCUCCAAUAGAACUUCACCUGAGUCUAAAUGACCUGCAGAAUUCUGGAGUUCAGCUUCUCUCUAAGGGACUGUCUAGUCCCCAAUGCAAACUGCAGACGUUGAGCCUUGCUGGUUGUAACCUCACAGAUAAAUCCUGUGAGAUUGUGGCUUCAGUUCUACAGUCACCAAACUCCCUGCAACAGCUGGACUUGAGUGACAAUAACCUGAGGGAUUCUGGAGCCCAGCUUCUCUCUAAGGGACUGUCCCGUUCCAACUGCAAAAUACACACUUUAAGGCUGUCUGAUUGUCUCAUCUCAGAAAAUGGUUAUGGUUUUCUGGCUUUAGCUGUGACUUCAAACUCCUCCCAUCUAAAAGAGUUGGAUCUGAGCAACAAUUAUCCUGGACAAUCUGGACUAAAGUGGCAUGCCUGCUACACUGGCGAUACUUGA